GGUAGUUUGAGUUGUUAUUUAAUUUUCUGUUUUUGUAUAUAGUUUUUAUUUUUAGCUUUUUAGCUUUUACUAAUUUCUCUUUUUAAGAAUCUUAUUUUCAGGUACCAUAAAUCAUCCUUUUUGCGUGUGCACAAUUGGGAACAAGAGGUAAGUCUCUAAAUGAGUUGUGUGCAUAAUAUUUCAAGAUGUUUCCUUUUGGGAACAACGAAUAUGGUUCAUAAAACCGUACAUACUAUAGUGAUCAAUUUAAUUCUCAUUCUUAUGACUUCCAACCAUACUUGGGAUGUAAUCAAAACCAAUCUUUUGGAUAUGAUGAACGAUCACAAGGAUGGGAGGAUAGUUGUACUUUUAAUCAGUUUAAUUCUUGACAUGUGCAGAUGCUCGAUCACAUUCUUUAUGAGCUAAAGGCAGUAGAACAACUUGGUAACCGGACCUUGUUUCAAUGAGUCUAGCCCAACUCCGGAUCGUAUUUAUGAUCAUUCACCCAUUCAAAGGGAUGUGAUUUGAGCUGGAAACUAUGAAAGUGGUGUGUGUCCAAGUUUGGUGGAGCAAUCUUCAAAUCAAAAAUUUGAUAGUUUUGUUGAAUCUGCUAUUCCCGUGAUGCAACAGAUGCUUCAAACAACAAAACAAUUUUGUGAAUUUCAGCUGAGUUACAAUGAAUCACUCCAAGAACUUCAACGGAAUAUAGACAACAUCAGAAAUGGCAUGAAUCAAAUUCAAGAAGAGCGGAACAAAGAAGAGGUUCAAACUCAUUCUAACAUUCCCAUGGAAGCCAAUAUAGAGUAUGAUGAGUCCGAAGAAUACGAAUACUUAAAUGUUGAUAAUGAUGGUGUAACUAGCUCAACUCUUGAUCGUGAUAAUAAUCAUUCACCUAUUCAAAAGGAAGAAGUUGAGUCUAGAAACACUAAAGUUAUUAAUGGUAAGACUUAUGUUGUGUAUGAGAGCGACGAUGAUUAUGACUUCUUUGUGAAUAACACCCCUAAUUCAGAGAUUGUGAAUACUUUGAAUGAGAAGUCAACUUGUGACGAAGCACAUAAGGAUUACGACAAUUUGCUUAUGGAAGAUUCUGAUUUCUUUUCCGAUGAGAAGGACUUGGAUAUAGAAGAAACUGAUGAAGAAUGGCUCGUAAAGAGUUUGAAUGAGAAUAUCGAUACUUGUGAUGUAGGAGAAUCAAUGGACUUUUUCAGAAGUACUGAGGAUCCCGUAAUGCGUUAGAUUAUGCAAGGUUUGUCUAACCCUUUACAUGAAUCUUUAUCUAAUGAUGAUCCUCCCAAACUUGAAGUUGUUUCUUAUAAAGUUAUUAAUCCAUCUUUUAGGAAAAUACCUCAUUUGGGGAUGGAAUUAUGUGCUUCAAAAGUUCUUUCCGAAUUUCUUGCUUCCAAAUAUCCACCAUAUGUGUUUGAGUCUAAUACCAUGCAGGUUUGCCAAGACGAACCAAUCGAAGGGCCUUCCACUUAUGUUUUGUAUACACUUCUGAGUGUAGAAAGGACUAAGUGUGGGGGUGACUCUCGUGGGAUGAUAAUUUCAUUUUUCCCACCAUUUGCUAACAUUAUUGUGAAGCUUUUGCAAUAUAUGCAGACUGUUCUGUGGGUGGAUCCUCAAAUUUUCAGAUUGUUGAUAUAUGGGGAGUCUAUUUUGAAUGUUUCUCGUAUGCGUCAAUCAGGUGUUUUGGAGUCAUCGGAGUAAUAAAAGAAUAAGAAACAUUUGCAAUCUGGAAAGGAAUGUCAUUUUAAAGGCGACCAUCUGAGGAUUGUUAAAUACAGAUUACAGUUCGGUAAGGGGUGAAUCCUCCUGCUUUACAUCAAACCUAGGUCGAGCUCAAACAAGACAGAUUCUAUUUCUUCCUGUCACAACAGCAGCAGCUGCACCAAGUUCUCGCAGGAAAACCAUGGGACCAGGGGUCGUAUUCGACUGGCUAGGACAGGUUCACAAAGGCAAGAACAACACGGUAGACUUGUGUAUGAGUCUGUGAUGGUUUUGGGUUUUCUUUGUGCCGGAAAUACAUGGAAGAGCAGGUAUUGUUACCAUUGGAAUUCGUUGGUCCGAGAUGUGAAAUUAUAGGAUUGUGUUCGAAUUGUUGGACAUAUUUCAGAAGUUAGUGAGGAGACGGAGCUGGGAUACCAAUUUGUGAUAGAUUUGGGCAGAGUUUGUUCAAGAAACCAGCCAAAGAGAGGGAGCUGAAACAGUACCAUUUGUGAGUGAAUAAUGAAGAUUGGUGGUUGUUGUUGAUUUUGUCGAAUGGUUAAAUGAAUGGGUUUGUUCUGAAUUCGUAAUUGCUUGCAGGGAAGGAGUUGAUGUGUGGUCUAAAAUGCAAUCUGUACACGACCAUCACCAAUCUGUUCGUGGCAUAUCAGGUGUUUGUAGAAAUGUUCGAAUGAGUGGUCCUGUCUGCAGCAUCAGUUCAAGUCUUCUCUCCCUACCGCUGCUCUGGCCAUGGUCCAAAGCAGGUUGCCAAGGGUUUAGACAGGAUUUUGAAGCCACGAAAGAGAGAGAACCUGGGUUGCUCCCAAACAGGAGUUGUAAGAUGUUUUAAGCCAAGAAAUCAGGUAGAAUGAGACCUAGUUCUACUGCCAUGUUCAUGUCACUAAGCCAGGUGCCUUGCCAAUUCUAGCCGCAGCUAACCAGGUUCUUGAGGGUUGUAUUCAAUGGGUCAAGAGAGAAUUUCGAUAAAUCAGGGGUUCAAGUUAGUCGGUUUGGGUAAGUUGAGCUAGAAUUCAGCUAAUAUUAAGUAUGUUUCUGCCGUGCGAUUUAGUGCUGAACGGAGGAGAUGAAGAAGUGAUUUUAGAAGUCUGUCUGAUUCAGGAAUGUGGGUGCUUCAGAUUUGAAAUUGCAGGACAAGGUAGAGCUAUAAAAAGGGUUAACCUAAAGCUACAUAGAAGACACAUCUAAUACCCCUCGCGACUGUUUUCCACCACCAACAGGGAGGAGCUUUGCUCCUCUCCAAAAUCAUCCAUCCAGUUCAUCUCUUUCAUCACCACUGCAUACAUCAUCUUCAUCCCCACCUGCAUAACCUUCACCACCAGCAUAUCACCAAGACUCGUAUAUCACCUGCAUAUCGCCUGCAUCCACUGCAUACUGUGACUACUCGUUUUCCCGUAGUCUACGUAAUGUAUACAGCUCAGAGUAUCAGAUGCUAAGUAGUAUCGAUACCUCUGUUGAACUGAUAAUGCUAAGUAAUAAAAGAUA